UCUCCAAAUCAGGCGCUCUGACGCACAGACCAUAUUUAUUAUUUUCAAAAAUUGAAAAAUACAGAAAAGUAUGCCAGCUCUGAGACUUGCCAGCUUCUUUACCAAGUUUUUCCCAUCCAAAAGGGUGCGUAGCGUGGAGCUAGAGCGAAGGAGGCAGUUGUUGAGGGCCCGGCGGCACAUGAUGAGCCAAACGCCGCAAGUGGACUUCAGUGCAGAGCCCAUAGUGCUGCCAAUGCCACGGAAUUUGGACAGGGGCAAGCUCCGGGGGCAGCAUGUGAUUGGCAGCUUCCAGCUGCAUAUGCAGCAAGAUCCUCUGACCCAGAGGCUGGAGAUCACGGCCACGCUGCCCACCCCGCAGCUACCGCCGGAAACGGCGCCCGAGCCCCAGGACGAGCAGCUCUACGAGCUGUGCGUCUGCAACAGCCAGGGCCAGCUGCUGGCCAGGAUCCCCUUCCUGGAGAGCGACUACCGACGCGCCGCCCACCAGGCCAUCGAUUCCAUGUCCGACUAGUCGGAUCUCUUCAAUUCUGGAAUUUUCAGGGCCCUUUCACCAUCUGCAUUCCCCUUGGCAGGCGGAGGAGAAAUAUUUCGUCCAAAUGUCAGCCUUCAUUUAACAGGGCUCCCCAUCCUGCCAGGACUUCCGGGUAUCGAUUACCUGCUACAGCUCCAGCCUCAUCUCUAAUCAUGUCUUUAAUUGGUUUGUGGAUUGGUUACUAAAUUGUAAAAUGAUCUCUAGGCUUCAAUAAAUUUAAUGUAACUCACUGUC